UGAAUUCAAUGAUUUGUCACUAUCUAAUGAUUAUAAUACACAAUACCAAACUAAUAUAUUGAAUCGGCCGCCGCAGUCGACAAGUGGCCUAUUGUCACAAGAUUUGGUCAACACUAUGGUGACCAACAUUGACGGUUUGUUUCGUGAAUUGUGGCACAUAUUUAACGGAUUGCCAUACAAUAGCCAUAAACAGAGAUAUCAGGUUUCGCUGAUUAUUACUGAUUUGACAAAAUUGUGGUCAAAAUAUUUGCACUUAAUGGCCACCGAUGAUGAUAAUCGGCUUAAGAAAGUUUCCGGAGAAUUGAAACGAAUGUUUACUAAGUUUUCAGCAACUUAUUGGGGAAACUUUCAAAACAUAAUGACCAACGACACAGAUUAUGAACGUAUUAACUAUCAUAUCCAUCACAUAAAUCAAUGUGUAAACAGAAUGUACUGUCUUAUUAAUAAAAGACCACCCUUCCGGCAAGUCCCGCCCCCACACCCCAAGACCACCCUUCCGGCCGGGGCACAAGCGGCAAAUGUGGCCCUCGAUGGUGCGCCUAUUCAGGCCCAAGCAUUUCCUUUUCAGGCCCCGGCAGGUUCGUCGACUCAGGGACCCACCCGUUAG